AUGACUAAAUGUAAUGAAAAGUUUACACAUAAUCUAAUUAAAGAACAUGAGAAGAAACUAAAAGAAAAACAACCAUUACAGCAACAAGUAACAACAUCAAGAACCAUAAAGAAGAUUAAUUCACAAACUAUGCCUGAUACAACAAACAUUAUUAAUAUGUGUAAAGUACAAUUAGGUCAACAACAUCUAAAAGUACUAUCAAAAGAAUUAAAGUUUGUUCUAACACCAGGAGCAAUUAGCACAGUAACAACAAUUUUGAAUUGCGAACAAGCGUUAUAUUCAACACCAACAUUAAUUAAAAAUGCAACAACACCAGAAAUAUCACCAUUUAUUCAAAAAUGGAAGAAACCUAAGAAAUGCAAUAUGAAUAAAGAAGAAAUGAAAAUGUUAAAUGAAAUCAAGUCAAUUGAAGAUAUUGUUAUUGUUCAAGUAGACAAAAGUGAAAAAAUUGUGAUAAUGAACAAGAUUGAAGAAAAAAAUUGA